AGAGGAGGUCUCCCUGAAGUUUGCAAGAAUGAAGAAGUGAGUCUGCGUGAUUUGUUUUCGUACACGCGCCGACUGUCGACACUUUUUCAUACAAGUCUGAUAUGAAAAGCAUCUUUCAUGUACGUCUUCGCCCCUUUUAAACUUCUCCCCACUGUUGUAAUUCAAAUGUGAAUUGCGUUGUGAGUAUCAGUCUUGCAGGGAUGAUAGCGGACAGGAGCAGUUAUUAGCUUCUAUUUCCUUCGUCACCGGCCUGAAGUUCGGUGUUUAUCUCGACAGAAGAAAUCAUGACGGAGGAGAAAAACAUUUCCAACGAGUUGUUCGAGAGUGUGCGGGAGGCGGUGGGCCGAAGGGUGAAACUUGCCCUGAGGCGUAAAGUCCAGCUGGAGGUCAAAGGUGACAAGGUGGAGAACAGAGUUCUGGCGUUGGCAUCACAUCGAGCCUAUCUGCUGACAGCACGGGUCCCUUCCAAGGUUGAGCAGUCAUUCAACUACUUGGAUAUUCAGGGAAUCAGCAGCAACAAGCCCACCCAGUUGGUUUUGGAGCAUGAGCGUGGGCCUUGGAGCUUCCGGCUGGGCUCAGUGGAGGAGGUGGAUGAGGUGAUUGCUCAGAUCGGCAACUGUCUUCACCGGAUCUGUCCUGCCGGCUCACCUGUGAAGUUGAUGAGGAAGUUGAAUUUGAAACCUCCAGAGAGGUUAACAGCCCUGCAGGCCGUCUGGAACGAUCAGUGUUCAGCGGACUUAGGACCCUGUGGUGGCUUUUCUCAUCAGUACUGGUGUGUGUGUGACAGCUUGGGUCUGCCAUACAGAGAGGAGGUCCAGUGGGAUGUUGACACAAUCUAUUUAAGUCAGGACACUAGAGAACUGAACCUGCAGGACUUUGUUCAUCUGGAGAACAGAGAUCUUGUGGCGAUCAUUGCAGUUCUAGAAUACAACCAGUGGUUCACCAAGCUAUCAACCAAAGACUACAAACUGCCUACAGAUGUGUGUGACCAGAUCCUCAGAGUAGUUGCCCGAUCCAGUCGACUAGAAGAAUUGGUUCUGGACAAUGCUGGACUGAAAAGUGAUUUUGCUCAGAAACUUGCAGGUGCUCUGUCACAUAACCCAUCCUGCACGCUGCACACACUCAAUCUGAGCAACAACUCCCUAGAGGACAAAGGUGUCUAUGCUCUGAGUUCUCAGCUAGCCAAACUGCCCAUGGGCCUAAAGAACUUGAAUCUCUCAAAGACCUCCAUGUCUCCCAAAGGUGUAAACAGCCUCUGUCAGGCACUCUGCGCCAACCCCAUCAUCGCCUCCACCCUCACACACCUCGACCUGUCGGGGAACUCCCUGAGAGGAGAUGACCUUCAGAAUUUGCACAAUUUCCUGAGUCACCCAAACUGUCUUGAAACUCUGGAUCUGUCAAACAGUGAUUGUUCCCUGGAGCUGGUGUGUGCAUCUCUGUGCAGAGGAUCUUUGAAGCAUCUUGCCAUCCUCAACAUGUCAAGAACAGUCUUCUCUCACAGGAAGUGCAAAGAAAUCCCUUCGUCCUUCAAGCAGUUUUUCAGCAGUGCUCAGGCUCUGACGUCUGUUAGUCUAUCAGGAACCAAACUGCCGCUGGAGGCUCUGAAGUCGUUGUUGUUGGGCCUUGGUUGUAAUCCAAACUUUAGUGAUGUUUCUCUGGAUCUCAGCAGCUGUGAUGUAAGUCCACCACAGACCUCAGCACUUUUUAGCAGCCUAUUUUUAAAUGCUAUAAGUGAAUUCAAAAAUAGUCACAAAUCUGAAGAAGUUUUACAAAAAAAAGAGUGCAUUUCCCUGCAGCUUCGUUCGGGAGGCUCACAGAUUUUAGAGGGUUGCAUCGCUGAGAUCCCAAACAUUUCCAGUCUGGAUAUUUCAGACAACAGUUUGGACAUGGAUCUCACCACCCUUCUUGUGUGGCUGGCCAAAAACCGCUCCAUCAGGCACCUUUCGUUGGGCAAAAACUUUAACAAUAUCAAAUCCAAAAAUGUUGCUCAAGUAUUGGAUAACCUGGUUCAUAUGAUUCAAGAAGAAGAAUCACCUUUGACUUCACUGUCCCUCGCUGAUUCCAAGUUGAAAGCUGACCUCUCCAUUGUCCUUAACGCUCUGGGCAGCAACACUUCUCUGAUCAAACUGGACAUCAGUGGAAACUCCAUGGGAGACAUGGGGGCCAAAAUACUAGCCAAAGCCCUCCAAAUCAACACAAAGCUGAGGACCUUAGUGUGGGACAGAAAUAAUGUCAGCCCACAGGGUUUACAGGAUGUAGCUGCUGCCUUGGAAAAAAACUACACAAUUCGAUUCAUGCCUGUUCCCAUCAUGGAUGCUGCUCAGGCACUGAAAGCCAACCCAGAUAAGACGGAGGACGCUUUACUAAAGAUGGAGCAGUACCUGCUGAGAAACCACGAGACUCGUAAAUACCUCCAGGAGCAGGCAUACAGGCUGCAGCAGGGAAUAGUCACCACCACCACACAGCAGAUGAUGGACAUGAUGUGUGUGAGAGUCCAGGAUCACCUUAACUCUCUGAAGUUCUCAGAGGCCAACUCCGUUCAAGAUGACAUGAAGCUGGCAGAGAACCUCAUGAAGGAUGCAAAGAACUCCAAAACUCUGCUCCCCAACUUGUACCACUUAAAGAGUGGUGGGUCCAGAGUUGCAUUUGUUGCAGCCAUUCAGGACAAGCUGGAGUCAAUGGCUGGAGAGGUGGCAAGUGUGAUGGAUGAGCAGCUACAGACCAUGCUGGUGUCUAUGGUUGAUGCUGCUGAAGGCCUUUGUCCUCAUGUGAUGAAGAGGAGCGGCCUUCGUCAGGAGCUGCUUAAAGCUGCUGCAGGGAGGAUGACCAUCCCCUGCAGCUUCGUCACAAACACCCUUCUGGAGCAGUCCGGUGUGGACAUCAUCAACAAAAUCAGUGAAGUGAAACUCGGCGUAGCGUCCAUUCUGUCUGAUCGCAUUGUUGAUGAGAUCCUGGAGUCUCUAUCAAGAUCCCAACAUACACUGGCCGACCACCUGAUCAGAAAGGACCGUCCAUUGUUGCAUCAGGAACCCGAGUCAGAGACAGAAGUCCUGGAUGAAAGCGUUCUACAUCCAGAGAACCAUGAGCAUCAGAAACAGGAUCGAGACAAGAAACAUGGGCUGAAUGAUGUGGAGUCAUGCAUGAUGACACCUAAAUCCAAAAGGAAGAGUAUUCUAGUCAGAAUGUUGAGGCCCGUUUCUGUGGCAUUUGAGAUGGAGUUUGACCUGGACAAAGCUCUGGAGGAGGUUCCGAUCCACGUCGAGGAUCCUCCUCUUCCUUCUCCCCCCCCACAAGUAUCAGACAGGAUGUCAUAUUCUGAAGAUCUGCCUCCCCCUCCCACUCCGUCAGAUGGGAAGUCUGUGUGUAUAGGAGAGCUACCACAGCUGGAGCACAAAACUCUGGAAAGUUGCACCAAAUCCCGACCGAAACCGAAAAAGAGAACAAAACCCAGCAGAACCCCACGACAAGCCACUGGAAGCUCAGCGCCACAUGAUGCAGAGCAGAAUAACAUGAUGGACAAACUGGAUGAGGGUCUAGAUGACUUCUUCUCCAAGAGAGUUGUCAAACUCAGCUUUAGACUUCCCUCCAUAAGAAGUCCAUCAACACCAACACCAGAAGCAUCAGAUAAAAAGCGUGAAUCCAGGAAGAGUGGCUUCUUCAACCUCAUUAAAUCCCGAACGUCCCGCUCUGAGAAGAGCCACGGAGCUCCGGCCAUCACACCACCGCAGCCUGCACAUGCCAACACCACCAACACCUCCACCACAAGCCCAGUCACUGAGGAGCCCCCUCCUACCUCUCCCAUACCACCUGUGAAAAGUCCAAUCUCUGUAGUGGAGCCUCAUCAGGAGAUCCACGGGACACAGCCUGCGAACCACACAGAUUCUGAGAUGGAGGCGCCUCCGACUUCCACUGAACCUGCAGGGGAGGAGAAAGAUACCAGGAAGGUGGAAGAUAUGGAAAACCUGGAGAAGAAGGAAAGUCCUCCAAAGAAGGAGAAUAUAGAGAAGAAGGAGAACCCACACAUUCAUCGCCAUAUUGGUGUUCCUAUGAUGGGAAAGGAUCUGCUGGCUGAGAUGAAGGCCAGACAAGAAAAAACAAGACAAGACAAAAAGGCUGAAAAGAAGUCCGAUUCAUCAUCAGUCCUGGACAAAGUGGACUCAGACAAACCGAAGUCAGAUGUACAUCCUGCGGUUUCCACAGACCCUGAAGACUCCAAACCUGAGCCGAUUCCUAGGGCCAAACCACCAAAUACCACCCCCAAACCAGCCCCAGCCCAGACUGCUAAAGCACCGCUGGUUGCUCGCACAUUUGGACAACUCAGUCCAACCAGUCCCAGGCCAUGCAGCAUCUCUGUCAUUGAUGAUUCAGUAGACUCUGCCCCUGGCAGUGUAUCUCCCAAAGCACCACUUCCUGCUCCCCGUCUGAAGAGGGCGCCGUCGGAGCAAGACAGAGAGAGCACAAGCAGCAGCUCUGCAGGACUUUUGUCUCCACUGGAGGCUGAGUUUCCUGCAGAUGGCGAUGCUUUCGAGCAGCACAGCAUCACAGGUGCAGAGUCCGGCAUCAGCGGCCGACAGUGGUCAUCUCUGAAGAGCUCGUCCAGUCCGCUUGGCAACGAGGAAGAACGCGAACGCGCAAAGUCCCUCCCUGGCUAUGUGAGGCUUCCAUCUCAGACAGACAUGGAUCUCAGUCCAGCUGGCAGCGAGAUUUCAACUUUGAGCUCUGACCUCAAGCCUAAUAACAAAUCUGAGGACGAAUCUGGUGACGAUACUCCUUCAAUGUGAUUCCAGCAAGAUGUUCGGCAUCUUUUAAAUCUCAUCCCAGCAUACCUUCAGGACAAAACAAACCUUCUAGGGCUCAGGUGUCAAACUCCAGUCCUGGAGGGCCGCUGCCCUGCAACUUUUAGAUGUGCCUCUUCUGCAUCACACCUG